AUGUCUACAACCACAACUUUGAACGCUUACAACCGUAUCAUAACCCCUAGAGGACGAAGAAACAGGUCUCCCGUUUCCGUCUGUCUGCCGUCCCGCAUAGCAAAGGGUGGAAUAAUAACAGGCAUUAAGGAAGAUGUAGAAGAAAUAGAGGAAGAGAGAAUUAAAUCAGUUGAAGGAAUACAAGAGAGAAGAAUUAAAAUAGGGGACAAUAGUUGGAGGAUAAUGACAGUAUACAGUCAGAACGUAAAAAAGACCAGUAGAGAUUUAGAUGAAAUAAAUUAUGAAAUAGAUGAAAAAUAUUGCUUGGUGGUAGGCGGGGAUUUCAAUGCUAGAAUUGGAAACAAGGGAGCUGAAUGGGAGUGGGACAAGGAAAAGGAUGAGGGAAAAAGGAAAUCAAAAGACCGAACAGAGAACAAAGAAGGAAAGAAACUGUUGGAGUUGGUAGAGGAAAAGGGAUGGAAAAUACUGAAUGGGAAUACAGAAGGUGACAAAGAGGGUGAAUACACAUAUAUAGGGGGGCAAGGGAGAUCAGUUAUAGAUUAUGUUAUCUGUAAUGAAAUAGCGGACCAUGGCAUCAGAGAUAUGGAGGUUGGAAUAAGGAGCGACUCAGAUCACCUACCAACAAUUACACAGGUGGAAAAGACUAAGAAGGAAGAGUUAGAGAACAGAAGAGAAAAAGAGAUAUACGAAUGGAAUGAGAAGUCGAUUGAAGAAUAUAGAAGAAAACUGAGAGAGUACAAUACAGGAGGAGGAACAGUGGAAGAGAUGGCCAGAAAACUAAAAGUAGAGAUGGGGAAGGCAUCUCGUAAGAAGGUUAUCAAAAUGGGAGGAAUAGAAAAGAGGGGAAUUUCAUGGUGGGACGAAGAAUGCUGGCAGAAGAAAAUAGAAGUAAGAAGGAAAUUGAGACGAUGGCUAAAGAACAGAGGUAAUGAAAAGGAAUAUAGAAAAGAAAUUAAGGACUAUAAGAAAUUAAUAAAAGAGAAGAAAGCAAAGAAACAGGAUGAAGAAGACCAGAAAUUAAAGGAUAUAAGAACGGAAGCGGAAGCAUGGAAAUAUAUAAACCAAGAAAGGAAGAUAAAAACGGGACCAAGUAAGAACAUCAAGAUAGAAGAAUGGCGGGAAUAUUUUAUAAGAAUUUUAGAAGGCGCAGAAACUAACGAAGAACAGAAGACAGAAGUAAAUAGACAGGAAACAGGCACAAUAGAAGAAAGGGAAGAAAUAGGGAAGGAAGAGGUGAUAAGAGUAAUAGGGAAAAUGAAGAAAGGAAAAGCUGCAGGAAUAGACGGCAUUCAGAACGAACACUGGAUUUACGCAACAGAGAAUAUAGUUGAGGGACUCACGAAAAUGUUAGAUAAGAUCUGGAAAGGAGAAGGGUUACCAGAAGAAUGGAGAGUGGGGUUAAUCAGUCCCCUGCACAAGAAAGGAAACAGAGAAAAAGUAGAAAACUAUAGAGGAAUUACGUUGUUGAAUACAACUUACAAGAUCUACAGUUCCUUUUACAACAUAAGUUGGAAAGGGAUAUAG